AUGACCACGAGCACCACGUUGACCACAAGCAGCCGCACCAGUACCACGCGCAGCAGCACAAGCGCAACAAGCAGCAGCACUGUUUCCAGCGCGACGGGAACCAGCACAACCACUGACAGCAGCACCACUGGAACUAGCAGCACCACUCUGACGAGCACGACGAGAACCAGCACUGCCACUCUCAGUAGCACUAGCGCAACCAGCACUUCUACCCUGUCGAGCACGACGGAUAGCAGCACCACUAGUGCAACCAGCAGCAUUAGCAGCACAACGCUCAGCAGCACCAGCGCAACCAGCAGCGCCUCGUUGACCAGCACGACAGGAACCAGCAGUACCACUCUGAGCAGCACCAGCGCAAGCAGCAGUUCAACGUUGACGACACGACGGACACCAGCAGUACCACUCUCAGCAGCACAAGCGCUACUAGCAGCACCUCCUUGA